AAAAUUUAUCUGAUUCAGGGAUGGAGGAUUAGAAUAACGAAGGUAAGGUCUUCGUUUGAAAAGAAAAUAUUUGAAUAGAUAUUGCAUAGUACAAUAGCUUGCGGGGUUGAAAUAUUUUUUCAUAAAGUUAGGUGCUUUGUAGUAUGUGCUUACAUUAUCGUAGAUAGAGCUAGUUUUAUCGAUGCAAAAAUAGACAUACGUCAUCCUUUUCUUUAACCUAGAAAUAGCGUGUAGAAUGAAAUAGGCAGUAAGUGGAUCAAAUAUGCAUAGAAUAUUCUUUUAUAAAAUACACAACGUUACGUUACCAUGUAAAUUUGCAAUUAUGGUUUCUAAAGUAUUAAAGUUGACGCUUCGAGCGAAAUAUAUCUAGAAGCGAAGUUUACAAGGAAAUAGUAGAGGUUAAAGAAAUAAUAAAAUUGUAUUCUUCGCGUUCAGAAACCGCACUGAUACAAUUCUCGAGGAUAUCAAUCGAUAUUUCGUGACGCAGAAACAUUAUACAAAUAUUCUGCAAGUUGUGAAUUCAACUGAAAGGAAACUGCAAGAAAUUUUACGUAAAGCGACGUUUUCUAGUAAUUUAAAUGUUCCCGCUUCUCGACGUCAGCCAGUCUAGCCAAUGGGUAACUACACGUGACGCAAAGAACGAAGUUAGAAAGGUAGUACAACGAUAACAUCGAUUCGUGAAGGUUGCAGUGUGAUCCAUAGAUCAUAAAGUUGCACACGUGCACGAUCGAUAGUUAAAAAACUUGUCUCGUCAAGUUCGAACGCUUUAGAGAAGAUCUUUCCUGUGAAUCAUCAAGUACAUCGAUCGCGAACACUCGAAGAAUCCUUAAUAUAAGUUAACACUGAUGUAACAAAACGUGAAGGUAAGGAGUAGACUAGAUGAAAAGUUUGGGAAGCGGUAAAUUUAAACUCUGCACAGCUACAGAAGAAGAAGAAGAUAGAACAAUUUGUAAAAGAACACAUUGAAUUAAAUUCAAUUUACGAAGAAUACAAAAGGAUAUUGUUAAAACUCAGUCCUGUCUAAAACAACUUUGAGUUGCUCGUAAUAACGUGGUUUCAAGAUUAAGAAAGGAAUUUAAAAAAAGAACCGAUAACCUAGCUCGAUGAUAUUUUCACAGUUUAUCGUUUGAUUUACGUAUGUGGCUUUGUAUACAUUCUUAAAAUCAACGCCACAGUAGGAUUGCUAAUAAAAAAGAUAAAUCAAGGAAGGCUUGACUCAAUUGGUCCAUCGCGAUUGAUAAGUCGCUAAACGGAAAAAAAUAAUGUCGAACAUGCACAGAAGCCUUCUGAGUGUUUCGUGGAAUGCGUUAACGUUGCUGAGAACUUCGAUGAAAUCUGGUUGGAUGUGGACAAGGUUAGCCUCCGGUCAAUGUGACGUACCCAUGGUGGUCCCUAAAGAGGAGGUGGUUAGAUUCGUAUCUGAGUGCAUGUGCAAGGCUGGAACAUCGCUCGAGGAUGGUUGUAUCGUUGGCCAUCAUUUGAUGAUCGCCGAUUACCGUGGCCAUUUUAGCCAUGGAAUGAACAGAAUGCAAAUGUACGUGCAGGAUAUUAAGGACGGAAUGACCAACCCUACUGCGAAGCCAGAGAUUCUUACGGAUUUUCAGGCGAUAGCGUUGGUCAACGGGAACAACGGCUUGGGCCAGGUGAUCGGUAAAUUUUGCAUGGAACUGGUCAUAAAGAAGGCGAAGAAGUUCGGUAUCGGGAUGGUGUCGACUUGUGGGUCGAAUCAUUACGGCAUUUGUGGUUACUAUACGAAAAUGGCGAUCGACCAAGGUCUGGUGGGCUUCUCCUGCACCAAUACGAGUCCUCUAAUGGCACCAACCCGUAGCAAGUGUGCGGGUUUAGGCACGAAUCCGAUAUCUUUGGGAAUGGGAGCGUCGAACAACGAUGAGUUCGUGUUGGAUAUGGCCACGACAGCCGUUGCUCUGGGCAAAAUCGAGCUAGCUAUCAGGAAGAACGAAGCCAUUCCCCAGGGCUGGGCGCUUGGGUCCGAUGGAAAGGUUACCACAAACGCCGAAGAAGCGUAUAAAACUUCUCUUUUACUGCCUGUUGGUGGAGAGGAACACACCAGUGGCUACAAAGGCUAUGGGCUAGCUUUGAUGGUCGAGAUACUUUGCGGAAUUCUGUCUGGAAGCGAGUUUGGUCCUAACAUCAGACAGUGGAAGACCAAAGAAAAAAUUGCUAAUCUUGGGCAGUGUUUCAUGGCCAUAAAUCCCGAAGCUUUUGGUUGUGGAUCGAAGGAGAGAUUAGGUCAGUUGUUGAAACAGUUGAGAAAUUUGGCUGCCGCCGAAGACAAACCUGUUUUGAUACCUGGAGACCUGGAGAGGGCGGCCAUGGAACGCGUGGAUAAAGAGGGUGGUAUUACGUAUCAUCCUAAUCAGAUACAGGCGUGUAAAGAAUUCGCGAAAGUUAUGGAAGUCGAGCCUCUGAAGCUUAUUCCCAAGAAUGGUUAAUCAGGAAAUUAGUUUUGUUUUUUUUUUUUUUUUCUUUAUUUAGUCCGUGCCUCUCGGCGAAAUUAGUUUUGUUUAUUUUCUGUUUGGUAUUUAGGUACCUGAAGGUCCUUAGGAAAUUACGUAUUGAGGUCAAACCUUUUUGAUGUAUCUAUAUUUAUUAAGUUUUAGAUCAUUAUUUCGUAUCGUUGUUGCUAUGUGUAUAUUGAUAUUAGCAAUUGAUCUGAUAAUUAUAUUGCGAAUGCGAUCUAUGGUAUAUAUCAUACAAUGCAUUUAUAUGUUUACAACACAUUAUUAUAUUGUGUACACUCUACGUUUGAAAAGAAUCUCCAACCAACAAAAUACUCUUCAAUGAUGCGUUUCCACACAGGAUCUAUAA